CUGAAGAAGCUGAUUGAGAGUGUGACGUAUAUUCCUUCCGAUUAUCAACAAAUUCAAUUCCGUGGUGAAGAUCUUCCCGUUGUUGAGCGUCCUAUUCAAGACAUCAAGUUUGGCGAAGAAAUAGUUGUUGUAAGUUGAAUUUUUAAAUUUAGAAUUCACUUUUCAUUUGGGCUGCACGCGGGCCACCCCGCAAUAAAUCACCGUGCAAAAUGGAAAAGUGUAUACUAUACCAUGCAGCUAGUGAAUUCUGUAAUAAAAAAAUAGUAAAAUGGCUCUGUAAAAUUUUUUAUUUUCAGCAACAUACUCAUCUUCCAUGGUAUUUCAAGUACAAAGAAUGUGUUGAGUUAGUGCUAAAGCAACGCUCGGACAAAGGUGAAAACGCAAGAGAUGCUGUCAGAUAUCACGAAGUUUUAAUGAAAUCUGGCUUUUUCGAUGUCUACCUUCAAUUCGACGACUAUCGAAAACAAAAACAUUCUGAAGUCGCCUCUUGGACCGAUGGGGACAUCAAUUUGAUUCGUGAUGCGGCAGAACAAUACUUCCACCGUCUUCAUGAUCUGAAGAGAGGAAGUCAAGAAUCCGAUUUUAUUUGCAACUUCGAAGACAAAGAUCUCGAGUUAGAUGGAAGAUCUACUAGUACACUGGCAUUUGUUCGGAUCCAUGGCGAAGACUUGGUUUCGAAGUACUACAUCAAGUAUGUUUUUGAUUUGUUUUUUAUUUUUGAUCUGUAACGUUCAGAUGUCACCAUUUUGGACCAGACAAAAGCUGGGGCCAUCCUCCGGACAUCAACGAACUAUACUGCUACAAGCUGAUGGAGUUGAUCGGCGUCGGACCAAAAUGUCACAUUGUUACACCCAUCAUCAAUUCUGGAACAAAAACAAGUGUGUAAGGAUUUAUACAUAUUAGUAACAAGUAAAUAUAGCAGCAUUUAGGUACAUUGCCACAAAUUGGGAAGACAAUUUUGAGCUCAUGGAGCAAGUUAUCAGAGAGAAUAGUCUUACCGCUGAUAUGGUCGUUCAGCUGGUUUUGCUGCGAUUGCUUCUAUUUAUUGCCGAUCUACACCUACAAAACUGCGGUUUGUUUCAGAGAUCUGAAUAUUAUUGAUUUAUUGAUUGAUUUUAGGGGUUUGGAAAGGGACUAUUAACACUGCAAUCGUUGAUUUCGAACCGAAAAACGAGAUUACAAUUCAUGAUGAUAUCAAAGCAGAAUUUUUUACAACUUUUCCACAUCCCGAAUGGAAAGAAGAGUUCAAAGAAGUGAAAAAUCAAUUGGACGACAAUUCAUGGUUGAAGAUCGCUAAACAGAAUUUGGAUAAGUGGGAUUUGUCGCGUAAAAUCGAAUUGGCUCAAGAACAACUCGAAGAAAUUUUAAAAGGAAUGGAACUUGGCUUUGAGAAGCGAAAAUUAUGCUAUAGUCCCACAGAUCAACUGAAGGAAUACUUUGAUAUAUUGAACAAGAAUUUGGAAAAUCUUCAAGUUUUUUUGAAUUCCACGUCAUGA